AUGUCGACAAGUCCAUCGCCCGAGAUAUUGUGGGCAAUACUUGGGAGGGCCACCGUUCCGACGGCGGACCCUUCGCUACUCUACAGCUCACCUGGUGACAUCCCAAACAAAGCAGAUGAUGAAGGUCCCAGGAUGCUGGCCGUUCUCUGGACCUUGAGCACAGUUUCAACAGCGAUUGUUGCCAUACGACUAUGGACUAAGCAAAAGAAGGCGCAUCGGCUAUAUCUGGACGAUAUGUUGAUGUGCCUAGCUCUGGUUUUGGGCUUGCUACAUGCCACGCUGAUGACCGUGUCCAUCCAGCACGGCGAAGGACGGCACUUCCUGUAUCUCAGCGAGCAGGAACAACACCAGGCCAUCAAGUACGGCAUGAUUGGGAUGGCUUGGGGCAACCUCAGUCCAAUGGCUGGCCGGAUCGCUUUCUGCGUCACCAUGCUUUUCCUCACUCGCACGGAUGGCCGAGUACCAUCCUGGCCGAUUCUCGUGUUCAUUGCAUGCCAGCUGGUGUUUAACAUUGCUGCAGUUAUCUUCUUCCUGUCGCAGUGCGGCUCGCACCUCUCGGCUCUCAUCGAGUCCAACUACGAUGAGUUGGCGUUGUACUGCCUUGACCCAAGAUACCAGACAGACUUUGGGUAUUUUGUUGGUGCCUUCAACUGCCUCACUGACGCUUUCUUGACCGUCUUGCCGGCGACAUUGAUCAGUCACACUCGCUUGUCCUUCAGGAAGAAGAUCGGCCUGGCACUGUUGUUGUGCUUGAGCAUCUUAGCGCUGGCUGCUGCUGUUGUGAAGACGUACGAGGCCAAGGCUUUAAGCGAAAUAUCGGAUUACACAUAUGACCUUUGCGACUACGUAAUCUGGGUCAGCAUCGAAUUAAACGUCGUAAUUAUCGUGGCCUCGAUCCCCAUCCUCCGUGUCUUGUUCCGACGACCUAGGCAACCAGACGAGAUUACUGCGCGCAUGAGAUGGGACACCGUCACGACCGGCUCCGUCUUCUCGAAGAAAAAAUACCGUCGUGGAAGCAAGACGCACUUCUCUAUAUCGAGCGAGGAGAACAUGGUUCCGCAGCAGCAGCACGAGUUGCCCGCGCUUCCGGGAAAUGGCAUACAUGUUACCAGAGAUAUCGAGGUGACGUAUCAGCCGAGCGAUGCGCCACAUGUACAUGCUGCGUUGGUUGGGCUGUUGCAGGGCGAGAUUGCCAAUCCGAAGCUUGUUCGGCGGUGA